GCCUUCUUAGCUGUAGCUGCCAAACCUCCAAUUCUUCCCACCUUCUGCUUCUGCAAUCUCACCUCUUCAGUCUUCACUUCGUUAUCUCCGCCAUCUUCCGCCAUGCAAGCUCUUCACCCCACCUCCCUCCGAGCCUCCCCUCUGAACCCACUUCAAAAGCCCACCAAAAAACCCCAACUGAAUCAUCAUUUCGCCAAUGUAUCCAGACGCGCUAAGAAAUUCUCCAUCACUGCUUCGUCCACUAUGGUUUCUGCUCCGAAGCGAGAGAGCGACCCCAAGAAGCGGGUGGUCAUCACGGGGAUGGGGUUGGUGUCUGUAUUUGGGAAUGAUGUCGAUGCUUACUAUGACAAAUUGCUCGCGGGGGAAAGCGGGAUCGGGCCCAUCGACCGGUUCGAUGCGUCCAAGUUUCCUACGCGGUUCGGGGGUCAGAUCCGGGAGUUCUCGUCUGAGGGUUACAUUGAUGGGAAGAAUGAUAGGAGGCUCGAUGAUUGUUUGAGGUACUGCAUUGUUGCAGGGAAGAAGGCGCUGGAGGAUGCUGACCUUGGGGGUGAUAAGCUUUCCAAGAUUGAUAAGCUGCGAGCCGGAGUGCUUGUUGGAACAGGAAUGGGUGGUCUUACAGUUUUUUCUGAUGGUGUUCAAAAUCUCAUAGAGAAGGGUCACAAGAAAAUAACACCAUUCUUUAUUCCUUAUGCAAUAACAAAUAUGGGAUCUGCUUUGCUUGCAAUCGAUCUUGGUUUCAUGGGUCCAAAUUAUUCAAUUUCAACUGCUUGUGCUACAUCAAAUUAUUGCUUCUAUGCUGCUGCAAAUCACAUCCGUCGAGGUGAGGCUGACUUGAUGAUUGCUGGUGGCACUGAAGCUGCAAUUAUUCCAAUUGGGUUGGGGGGUUUUGUUGCUUGUAGAGCUCUGUCUCAAAGAAAUGAUGAUCCACAAACUGCUUCAAGGCCGUGGGACAAAGAUCGAGAUGGCUUUGUCAUGGGUGAAGGUUCUGGAGUAUUGGUAAUGGAGAGCUUGGAACAUGCAAUGAAAAGAGGUGCCCCAAUUAUUGCCGAGUACUUGGGUGGGGCUGUUAAUUGUGAUGCUUAUCAUAUGACUGAUCCAAGAGCUGAUGGACUUGGGGUGUCUUCCUGCAUUGAGAAAAGCCUUGAAGAUGCUGGUGUUUCCCCUGAGGAGGUUAAUUAUAUAAAUGCUCAUGCUACUUCUACUCUUGCUGGUGACCUGGCCGAGAUAAAUGCAAUCAAGAAAGUAUUCAAGAAUACUAAAGAUAUCAAAAUAAAUGCAACCAAGUCUAUGAUAGGGCACUGCCUUGGGGCAGCUGGAGGUUUGGAAGCCAUUGCCACUGUGAAGGCCAUGACAACAGGAUGGCUGCAUCCCAGCAUAAACCAAUUCAACCCUGAGCCUUCAGUUGAAUUUGACACUGUCGCCAACAAAAAGCAGCAGCAUGAGGUUAAUGUUGCUAUUUCAAAUUCUUUUGGAUUUGGUGGACACAACUCAGUUGUUGCAUUUGCUCCCUUCAAGGCCUGAUAAUUCUCAGCAGUCAGUUUGUACGCAUUCGUCAUUAGAGAUACAUCUUACAGGAGAUCCGCCAUUAACAGGCGCAUCAUCAAGACCUUGCUUCCUCGUGUAACUUUUCUUCAACCGCUUCAUAGUUACUUGUUGCCAUUGGCCGUUGUUAGUUGAAUCAUGAAUAAUUAAUUACUGCUACACUCUGAAUGUUAGCUUUUGGCGAACUGUUUCAUCAUUUUGAAUUACUGCUAUACUUGCUCAGACGUGAGAUUUUGUUUUCGUUUGACUUGUUUAGUGAAAUUCAUUGAAGAACGCACAUCAUCUCUUCAAAAUUUUCCUUCGUUACGGUACAGUUAAAACAUUUGUCCCUUUUUUAAAAAAGAAAAAAUAAAUUUUUUUUUUCAAC